ACUUCUCCGUGAUGGAUAACCGAUGCCAGUGCUGCAGCGAUAGAGUUCUGAAUCCUAUCCUCUUCAAAAUUCUCAGUCAACUCGAUGACAGCAGUGAUUAUAAUUCGAUACCUCACCGAUGCACUUGUGAGCUACGCCGGACGGUGUGCUUGAAAAGGCCGACAGAAAUUUGCAAGGAAGCCUCGUCGGUUUUGGUGAAAACGGUCCAUUUUAUGAAGAAUUUACCUGCUUUCAAGCAGCUUCCACCCAAUGACCAGUUUAUACUCCUCAAAAACUGUUGGGUGCCGCUCUUCAUCCUGGGUCUGGCUCAGGAGCAUGUGGACUUUGAGGUGGAGGACGUACCGGCCGACAGCAUGCUGAAGAAGAUCCUUCUGCGGCGAGAAGGGGGAAACGAGAUCGUGAAGGAACAGCCCACCAUGGCUGGGGUCAGCAAACUCAAGUCCUGUCUCAGAAAGUUCUGGAGCUUGGAUUUGAGUCCAAAGGAGUACGCGUAUCUUAAAGGGACAACGAUAUUUAACCCAGACAUCCCUGAUCUAAAGGCAUCACUGUUCAUCGAAGGCUUGCAACAAGAAGCCCAGCACGCCCUGAGCGAGGUGGUCCAGCUUCUCCAUCCAAGGCGGCAGGAACGUUUCGCCCGCAUCCUCCUCACGGCGUCCAUGCUGCAAAGCAUCACGCCCAGUUUAAUCAUCGAACUUUUGUUCCGGCCUGUAAUCGGCCAAGCUGACCUGUUGGAGCUUCUGGUGGACAUGCUCUUCUGCAGGUAGAGGAUGGAUAUAUGAAACAGACUGAAGCAAAUCUUUUGAUGAUGAUGUUUUUCUAAAUGGAAGCAGACAUUAUAAAAUGUUUUUGUAUCUCUGCAGAGAUUUACUUGUCCACAAUUACAAAAAUGAUGUAUUUUGUCGCUAUGUUAGCACAGUUGUAAAUAUUUUUUUUUGCAUCCACAGAAGAAUUCAAAUAAAUCUAUUUUUGU